UCUGAUUCCCGUCACCCCAACUACUGCCUCGCGAAUUGUGUCAGCCGGAACGAACUCGCAAGCAAGCAGCCAGCCCCACGCCAAUGCGACUUUGGACUUUGGAGUUUGGAUAGGACUGGACCCCCCAGGUUAAUUAUGAUGUUUGUAUCUUCAACUAAGUUUUCGACGCCGAAAACGUUUAUAUAAUGCUAGGUUCAUGCCUUUGGUUGCGGAGAAAGCGAGGAGGGUUUAGGUACAGAGCUCUCCUCAAUAUUCAUUAGUCGCUUGGAAAUUCUUUACGGAGUCGAUAGCAACGGACGGAGAGAGCGAGAAAAAUGGAUCAUCGAGAGGUUGGAAUUACAGGAAAAUCGGACCCAAACCUGCUCGACGGUCAUAUAUCUCACUUGGCUCUGGAUAUCGGAGGAUCUCUCAUUAAAUUGGUGUAUUUCUCAACAAAUGAUGACGUUGAUGUUGUUGAUAAGGCGGAGAGGUCGGGAAAGGAGAGUCUGGGUAAAGGGAGGUUCCACUUUGCGAACUUUGAAACUAGCAAGAUCAAUGAUUGCUUAGAGUUUAUACAAACCAAGCAGCUUCAUCUUGGGGUAUGGUGCCGGCACCUUGAAGCUCCUCCAACUGACACGACCAUAAUUAAGGCCACAGGCGGUGGUUCAUACAAGUAUGCAGAUCUCUUCAUAGAAAAGCUUGGCAUUUGUCUUGACAAGGAGGAUGAAAUGGACUGUCUUGUUGCGGGAGCUAACUUUUUACUUAAGGCAGUCCAUCAAGAAGCAUUUACAUAUAUGCAUGGACAGAAGGAAUUUGUGCAGAUUGACCAUAAUGAUUUGUACCCCUACCUCCUAGUUAAUAUUGGGUCUGGUGUCAGCAUGCUCAAGGUGGAUGGAGAGGGGAAGUUUGAGCGAGUGAGCGGAACAAAUGUUGGCGGUGGAACUUUUUGGGGUUUGGGAAGGCUCUUAACGAAUUGUAAGAGUUUUGAUGAGUUGCUGGAAUUAAGUCAUAAGGGAAAUAAUAGAGUGAUAGACAUGCUUGUCGGGGACAUCUAUGGAGGAAUGGACUAUUCAAAGGUUGGCCUUUCAUCAACAACUAUUGCUUCUAGCUUUGGCAAGGCAAUUUCUGAUAAUAAAGAGCUUGCAGAUUACAGGCCCGAAGAUAUCUCCCGGUCCCUCUUAAGAAUGAUUUCGAAUAACAUUGGACAGAUCUCUUACUUGAAUGCUCUCCGAUUUGGACUCAAGAGGAUAUUUUUUGGAGGUUUUUUUAUUCGGGGUCAUGCUUAUACCAUGGACACAAUAUCCGUUGCAGUUCACUUCUGGUCUAAAGGAGAGGCUAAAGCAAUGUUUUUGCGGCAUGAAGGAUUUCUUGGAGCAUUGGGUGCCUUCAUGAGCUAUGGAAAACAUGGUUUUGAUGACUUGAUGUUCCAUCAGUUAAUUCAGUCUGCUUCCCUUGCAGGAGAUAAGAUUGGUAGCCCGCCAAACUGGAAAUCGAGUGAAAAUGAAAGUAUAGAAUGUAGUAUCUAUGCGUCUGAGAGUUUGCAGCUUAGAAGAAAAUGAAAGUAUAGACGGUAGUGGCUAUGCAUCUUAGAAUAUGUUGUUGGUUUCUCCUUUUGGGCUUAGAUACCAGAAGCUAGACAAAGCCACUCUUGGUUCCCUGCAUGCUCUCUGAGUCUCUCAGCAUGUCAAAGAGUGGAAACUUCUGUUAUAGGUGUAACAUAGGGAGAAAAAUAUUGUAGGAAAAAUAUAUGAACGACAAAAUUGAGGGGGCAGAGAGAGAAAGCAACAAGUGAACAAGAUCACUUCCCUAGUUGUUUAUGUAUAAUCUUAGGCUUUGUGGGAUUCUGUAUCUCCUCAUAUUGUAACUUUUAUUAUUUAAUAAAGACGGUAUCUUUUGCUAUAA